AUGACUUGUACUUCGUUAAUUUUCGCUUUCUUCAUUCUUUCUUCGGUGGCUGCUCGUUCGCCUUUGUUCAAUCCACACAACUCCCGGCCUCGUAUUCCUCACAUCGAUGAACCUGAUGAGAGCCAGCCUGUCUACCACUUUACUAGCGGCCAACAGAUUUCUUCGUAUGGCGAGACUUACUACUUCGACCAGCUCGUGGACCAUACGGACCCAACUAAGGGCACAUUCAAGCAACGUUAUUGGCACAAUUACGAGUUCUACGAACCGGGCGGUCCUAUAGUCCUGAUGACCCCGGGGGAAGAGUCCGCAAAGGGAUUCACUGGAUACCUCACCAAUGGCACAAUAUCUGGUAUGAUCGCACAAGCCACCAAAGGUUCCACGAUCGUCAUCGAGCACCGGUUCUUCGGCGAUUCAAAUCCCCAUCCCGACCUUUCCGUACAGAGCCUUCAAGUACACACUAUUGAGCAGGCAAUCGAGGACCUCGCCUAUUUCGCGAAAACCGUCAAGCUGCCGCAGCCGGAUGGUGAUAAGCUCGCACCUGGAAAGGCGCCUUGGAUUUUAGUAGGAGGGAGUUACUCAGGAGCUCUCGUGAGCUAUACCAUGCACACGCAUCCGGAGCUGUUCUAUGCAGGUUAUGCAUCUUCUGCCGUCGUCCAAGCCAUCGGGCAUUUCUGCAAGUACUUCGAGCCUGUACGGGAAUGGAUGCCAGCCAAUUGCUCAGCAGACGUUCAGGCGGUGAUUCAAUACGUCGAUUCGGUAUUGGAUUCAGGCAACACUCGUGACAUCGCAGACAUCAAGGCAAACUUCGGUCUUCAGGACGUCAUUCAUCUUGAUGACUUCGCAGCUGCUUUGAAGGCCGUUUUCGAAGAUUGGCAGAGCAAUUCAAUGACUUCAAGGUCCAACAGCUUCUACGAGUUUUGUGACGCCCUCGAGGUUGGGCCGAAUGGCUGGCAUGCACCCGCCUCGGGCUGGGGAUUAGAAGCCGCCUUACAGGCCUGGGGAAAGUAUUGGAACGAGACUUUGUAUCCAUCCAGAUGUGGUAAACUUGAUGCUGAAUCAUGCAUUGGAUCGCACAACCCGGAUUCUCCUCACUGGACUAAUGCGUCUCUGCCCAACAGCAACCGCUCGUGGAAUUGGAUGAUUUGCAAUCAGUUCGGUUUCUGGCAGGUUGGUGCCCCCGAAGGGACCCCUCGCAUCGUGUCCAGCUACCUGACGGCGGCUCACAACGAACGUUUAUGUCAGUAUGAGUUCCCUGGUGCCUUCUGGGGCCUCAAGAAAGUCAGCCUUCUGAACGCGCUGACUGUCGACAAGACUUACGGCGGGUGGGAUACGACCACAGAGCGUCUCAUCUUCGCGAAUGGAGAACGCGACCCCUGGCGCGAGGCAACUGUCGCGGCGGCACUUGCGACGCGCAACUCCACCGAUCUCCAGCCCCACUUACUGAGUGACGGGUUUCACUGUUCAGACAUGUCGCGCGGAUCUGCCAUCAGCCCCCGUAUAGCGGCUGUACAGAAGCAGGCGCUCCAGUACAUGACGCAGUGGCAUGCCGCUUGGAAACCGUCUGCGGCUACGUGAAAGCACAACGACGGAACCGGCUCCGACGGAUUCGAUCUUGGACAGCUUUCUCCCAGUUUAUAGUAUGUAUGCAUGGGUAAUUGUUGAUACUGCUAUGGCACAUUCUCUUGCUUUCGAG